UGAUUGGACGAACUGUGAAGCUCUUCAACAGAGAGCACUCUCCUCAGUCCACCACCAGCUUACUGCAUCUGUGGCUACCGCUAAGGGACACACCACAGGGUCAAGGCAGUUCAGGAGUUUAAUACAAGAGAAAAAUGCUUUAUAAACACUAACUUUACCGUCGGAAAUACCGCCCUUUGUGUAGCACUGAAGAGCAGCAGUCUUCCCCCAGUAGACCCUUCAGACCAGUGAGUGACCACCAUGCUGUCCAGGUUAAGAACCACCUGGUCUUUAAGGCCCUGUGUCACUGUAUGCAGAUGGGCACACACCAAAGAGAAAGGAAAGCCCCUCAUGCUCAACCCUCGCACCAAUAAAGGCAUGGCCUCUCUACAGGAGCGACAGAUGUUGGGGAUACAUGGUCUAUUGCCUCCCAAAGUGGAGACUCAGGACACUCAGGCUAUGCGCUUUCAGAAUAAUCUCAAGAAGAUAACUGAUCCGUUACAGAAGUAAGGAUGUGUAUGUCUACUGAUGGGCAUUCAGGAAAGAAAUGAGAGCUUCUACAGAGUGUUGAUGGAGGACAUAGAGGACCUGAUGCCAAUUGUCUACACUCCCACUGUAGGCCUGGCCUGCACACAGUAUGGACACAUCUUUAGAAGACCAAAAGGCUUAUUCAUCUCCAUUCGGGACAGAGGACACGUCAGAUCCAUCUUGGACAACUGGCCAGAGACUGAUGUUGCAGCAGUAGUAGUGACUGAUGGAGAGCGUAUUUUAGGAUUAGGGGACCUUGGUGUUUAUGGGAUGGGAAUCCCUGUUGGUAAACUCUGCCUGUACACCGCGUGUGCUGGCAUCCGACCUGAGAAGUGUCUACCUGUGGCGAUAGAUGUUGGCACAGACAAUGAGGUAAGACAGCUGAACUUCCUCAAGGAUCCACUGUACAUGGGUCUGUACCAGAAGCGAGAUCGCUCUCAGGCCUACGAUGAUCUGAUUGAUGAGUUCAUGGAAGCUGUGGUGGAAAAAUAUGGACAGGACACACUGAUCCAGUUUGAGGACUUUGGGAACCAUAACGCUUUCCGCUUCCUCAGGAGAUACAGGGAGAAGUACUGCACCUUCAAUGAUGACAUCCAAGGCACUGCGUCUAUGGCCCUUGCUGGUCUGUUGGCAGCCCAGAGAGCUAUUGGUAAACCCAUCACUGAACACAGAGUGCUCUUCCUGGGAGCUGGAGAGGCUGCUCUAGGUAUUGCCAGCCUGAUUGUCAUGGCCAUGGCAGAGACGGGGAUGACCCAAGCUGAGGCCAGAGAAAAGAUCUGGAUGUACGAUAAACAUGGCUUAUUAGUAAAGGGCAGACCGCAGGAAACAGACACGAAUCAGGAGGCAUUUGUCCAUGACAGCCCAGGGGAUGUGCAGAGUUUCCUGGAUGCAGUCAACACCAUCAAACCCACAGCUAUUAUUGGUGUAGCAGGAGCUGGACGUCUGUUCACCCAUGAUGUCAUCAAAGCCAUGGGAACCCUGAAUGACCGACCAAUCAUCUUUGCCCUGAGUAACCCAACCACUAAAGCAGAGUGCACAGCAGAGGACGCCUACACACUCACUGAUGGUAGAUGUCUGUAUGCCAGUGGCAGUCCAUUUGGUCCAGUGACUCUAAAAGAUGGCCGUGUCUUCACUCCUGGACAAGGGAACAAUGCUUACAUCUUCCCAGGUGUGGCUCUGGCUGUGAUCUUGAGUGGAGUGAGACACAUCAGCGACACAGUCUUCUUAGAGGCUGCCAAGACCCUAUCAGAGCAUCUGACGGAUAAAGACCUUGAAGAAGGCAGACUCUAUCCCCCUCUCUCCAACAUCAGAGAGGUCUCUGUCCAGAUGGCUGUCAAGGUGGUGGAGUAUGUCUAUGCUAAAGGCAUGGCAUUCCGCUACCCUGAGCCUGUGGACAAGGACAGCUUUGUACGUGCAACCGUGUGGAACACCAGCUACGACUCCUUCAUGCCAGACACCUACGACUGGCCAGGUGUCAGCUUCAGCCCCAAGACCGAAUAGACGAAUUAUAGACCCCCUGUACUCCAUUUCACAAUGUCACUCUUCCUUUGUUUUUCCACUUAUCUGUCAAUGGCAGAUCUUUUGAGAUGAUCACUCCUGGGUCAGUGCAGACAUGCAAACAUCUACUCAGCAUGCACCAAGUAGCAGAAGCUCUCUGCAUGUUGCUGCAUUGCACCAAAUCAGGCUCGUUAGAUCUGAAAAAUUGUAAAAUAAGUGAAAUUUAGAGGAGGCCAUUUGGAUAGAAUUGGCAUGUUUGACUUCACUACCAUUUGUUGAUCACCUCUGCAUCAAAUGUAAACCUGUAUGGGCCCUUGAGGCCCACCUGGUGGUGGAAAAAAGGCAGUGUGGAUAUUUGGUUUCAUUGUUGAAAUCUUGGGAUACAUCUAGACUAUCUAUUCUCUCUUUAAAAGAAAAUACCAAUAUAAAUGAUAGAACCAAUACAAACCAUCAAGAUCUCUAUAACUUAUGUGGUCAUUCUCUGGCAAACAGAAAUAAAACAUAAAUUAACAUCACAUUUAAUGUUGGAUAAAUUACACUAGGCUGAAUACAAAACAACAGUGAACAUAAGGGCUGUGCCACUGCUCAAGGUCAAAAUGUAUUUUGUUAGUAAGUACUAUAUUGUUUGAUUUUGUAUUGGUCUUAGCAGCACCAAGUGCAAUACUACUAUCCUUUCACUUACAUUAAGAGAUAUCCACUCCAUUUUAGUGCAGUCAUGUCUUUGUCAGGUUUUGUUACACACUCCAAGUGUCCUUUGUCAGCUUUCAACAUGAUACAUGGACGUUGCCUUUUUUCACAUCAGGUGGGCCUUUGGUAGCACAGCUGAUGCUUCCAUUGCCCAGUGUAAGUCAUAUGUUUAAAGACUUAAAGAGAAAAGGAUGUUACUCAGGGGAGAAAGGUAUCGAAUUUUUGAAGAAAAGACCUUGAAACAUUGUUCGAUUUUAUGAAGGGAAAUUACAAUUCUAUUUAAAAACUCUUGAGAAACGUAUGUUCACUCCAUUUACUUUGUACAAGCCCUUAUUAACAUUGUGGUUAUUUCUCUGAAUUUAUUUAAUUUUCUUUUCUGGGGGUGCAUUCAGAUCUUUCGGGAUUGUUUUGUAUAUUAAGUAGAAAGUGUGUCAUCAACACUCCCUUAAUGGUGAUAUUGCUAUUAAGUGUCAAUCCCUGGAAAUGUAACCUUUUGCUCAAGUGUAACAUACAAAUGAAGUAUAAACUAUACCUCAAAUAUUUUGGAUGAAAAUGUGCAGAAUUAAAUGAUUUUAGAGAAAAAUAUUUUUUAUUUUAACUAUAUUUUGUGUAAUGUACUAGUACAUGUUCUUUUGCCGAAAGUGAGACCGUCCAUUGAGAGACUAUUUAUAAAGUUGUGUUGAGUACAUCAGUGUGUAUGCUUGCAGGUUGGUGUGUGGGCUUUGCUCAGGAGAGCAUAUGAAGCAGGACAAAAAACUGUCAGGCCAGGUGUAUUUUACUCCCCUGUUCUUCCCCUGAUAUCAAGAACAUAGAAGUAACAAAGUUAGAUUUUAAAUAAACCUGGACCACCAUAUUUUGAGAUGGAAAUUUGGGUAAGGGGGUUUAAUUGUAUAGCACCUUGAACAAAUCUGGUGCUGAUCAUAAGACCAUAAAAGACAUUUUGGAUAAUAUUGGAAAGAAUAAAAUGUAAUUAAUGAUACAAAUAACCUAUUUUAGUAAAGGGUAAUGUAUCACUUGGAUAAAAAAAAUGUAGUGACUGAAAAGCAUUGGUUGAAUGGGUCACACACGUCUGAAGCAGACAUUUUGACACUUAACCCAAUGAGACAGUACUGAGAGGUUAUCUGUAAAUGAUGUUUAUGUUGCCAUGUGUUAUGACAAAUUAACCCUGUUUGUCAUAUAGAUGAAGAUUAAGUCCUGAAGUUCUGGGUUUUAAGUAAAAUGUGAGAACUAAGAAACGAUAAACAUCUUCACUCUACGUUAUAGUAAUGCCAGACCUGCUUUAAUCAAGGGCAUAGUAUUUUCACAUAUUUUAAAUACCUGGCCACUGUAAAUUGUAGUUUAGGAUAUGACAAUAGGACCUUUCACAGCUUAUAUUGAAGUGCCUGCUCCAUGUUCAGUGUGUAUUCAUAACUCUUUUAUAUUCCAUGAUGUAGACCUCAAAGCAUACUGCUGACAACAUAGAGAAAAACUUCUCCAGCACUGCCUGUACUAAGUUAUGUAAUUGUGUUGUAUUUAAUGUGCAGCUUCAAGUUGUCAGCUUUUAUUAAUACAUAAUUACUUGCGUGUUUUAAAUUGCUUUAUUUAAAAGAAACGGUUUUACCACCAUUAAAUCUUGUGCGUCUGUCCAGUUGUUAUUUGCUGUUGUCAUCCUGUAUGAGGUUUUACUGUGCUCAUGUGACUCUUGAUGUCUCCAUAAAGAAUAUGUACUCCAUAUUUCAUGUUGUUUUGUUAAUCCAGUGUUGUGUCCUGAAGUUUAUUUUUGUUACAGGUUAUUACGCCUUAGCAUUUGUACCAACAGAGCACCAUGUGUGCCACUUCUUAAUGGUGUUUAAAAGUGAAGAAUUAAACUUUUAUACUGGC